UUUUCUGUAAUAAAUAUAACAAUUCACAUUUUUUUUAAAGGAAAAAAACAAAAAAAAAAUCAGAGAGGUUUUACAUAAGAGAGGAGGGAGAAAAAGAGAAGAUUUUUGCUGCUGAGGCCAUAAGUUUUGAGGACGAGAGCAUUAAAUUUAAAACUCCAGUAGCAGAAAAUAUCAAGGGAGCAAGGAAUUAUUGGAGAUAUGGAAGAAGAUGGUUCAAAGCCAAUGCCAUCUUCUCAUGAGCAGGAAGCAACUCUUAAGAAAAAGUAUGGAGGAAUUAUUCCCAAGAAACCACCACUAAUCUCUAAGGAUCAUGAGAGAGCAUACUUUGAUUCGGCGGAUUGGGCUCUGGGAAAGCAAGGUGUAGAGAAGCCUAAAGGGCCUCUUGAGGCACUUCGGCCUAAAUUGCAGCCCACUCAACAACAAACACGAUACCGUAAAUCUCCUUGUGCACCAUCAGCUGGUGAAGAUGGAGAAAAUCCUGCCUCCGAGGAACCAGCUUCUACUUAGAUGAAAGAACACUACAGCUACUACUACAAGAUUGCUGAUUGUUACUCUUGAAUCUUGAUCUUAUGCAGAUAAAAGAGUAAUAAUGUUCUGUUGUUUCUGCUUAGCAUAAGACCUUUACAAUUGACAAAAAUGCACAAUCAUGUGCUGAUGCUUCAUUCGAAACUUCUCAGUUCCAUGUUUUUUUUUUCUGAUGUGGGACACGAGUCCUUUACUGUUCCUCGUAUAAUUGACUGAAGCUUUGCUUCUUUUUUUUCUUUGAGGAAAAAAAUAGUCAAGCUUUGCUUCGUCGGCUCAUAUCCCUUAAUAUUUUAGGGAUUUUAGGGAAAUUAUAUAUGGUAAUCCUGUACUAUUCGUCGA